AAAAAAAAAAAAACUGAACAAGGUACUUUGUUUAAUAAUGAGGAACCCUACAUGUUGUUGUGUUGUUCAGCUUGUAAUUCAAGCUGUGGUGGUGCUUUUGCUGGCUUUGUUAUGUGGAGGCUCAGAACGAGAAGCCAAGGCCUUACUUAGGUGGAAAGAAACCCUCCCAGCUCAACCAAUUCUUGAUUCAUGGGCUUUCCAAGCCCAAACUCAAAGCCCGUGUUCAUGGAGAGGGAUCACUUGUGAUUCUCAAGGCAGUGUGGUUGUCAUAAACUUAGCACGAACCGGACUUACAGGUACCCUUGAAAACUUAGAUUUGACUGCUUUUCCCAACCUCUUACAACUUGAUCUCAGAAGAAAUAAUCUUACAGGCACCAUACCCCAAAACAUUGGGAUACUCUCAAAACUUCAAUUCCUUGACCUUUCCACCAAUUCUCUCAAUGGCACUUUACCUCUUUCUAUUGCAAAUCUCACCAAAGUCUAUGGGCUUGAUGUGUCAACAAAUAAGAUAACAGGAACACUAGACCCUCGCUUAUUUCCUGAUGGAACUAAUGAACCAAGAACUGGCCUCAUUAGUAUAAGAAAUUUCCUAUGUCAGGAAAACCUUUUAGGUGGAAAAAUUCCAAAUGAAAUAGGCAACAUAAGAAACUUGACAUGGCUAGCUUUAGAUGAUAACAACUUUUAUGGGCCUAUACCUCCAUCUCUAGGAAAUUGCACACAUUUAAGUGUUCUUAGAGUGAAUCAAAACCAUUUCUCAGGUACAAUACCUUCUAGUAUUGGCAAGUUAACAAAUCUAAGAGGCUUGCGGUUUCAAAUCAACAACUUAACCGGCACGGUGCCACGAGAAUUCGGAAACUUGUCUUCAUUAGUUGUACUUCAUCUGGCUGAAAACAACUUUGUUGGAGAAUUGCCACCUCAAGUUUGCAAAGGUGGAAAGCUUGUCAACUUCAGUGCAGCACACAAUAGUUUCACCGGUCCAAUCCCAAGAAGCCUUAGAAACUGCCCAACAUUGUAUCGAGUUCGAAUCGAGUACAAUCAGUUGACAGGCUAUGCAGAUCAAGAUUUUGGAGUGUAUCCCAACCUCACUUACAUUGAUUUCAGUUACAACAGGAUUCGAGGCCGGUUGUCUGCGAAAUGGGGUGCCUGCAAGAACUUGCAACUACUUAAAAUGGCUGGCAAUUCCAUAAAUGGCUUUAUUCCAGAAGAGAUUUUUCAACUGAAGCAGUUAGAAAGUCUUGACCUGUCCUAUAAUCAAAUCUCAGGGAAAAUUCCUUCACAAAUUGAAAAUGCAGGUCGCUUGUAUGAAUUGAAGUUGGGUGGCAACAAACUUACUGGUAUGACACCAGAAGAAAUUGGAAAGCUUUCAAAUUUGGAGACCUUAGACUUGUCCAAGAACAUGUUGUUUGGACCAAUCCCAAAUCAGAUAGGGGAUUGCACCAAGUUGCUGAGUUUAAAUUUGAGCAACAAUCACUUGAAUGGCACAAUCCCUUACCAAAUAGGAAAUCUUGCAUCCUUGCAAGAAUCUUUGGACCUGAGUUACAAUUCAUUUUCAGGGGAAAUUCCUGCUGAUCUUGGUAAGCUUGCGAAUUUGGUAAGCUUGAAUCUCUCUCACAACAAUCUCUCCGGUCGAAUCCCCGAUUCCCUUGGUGAAAUGUUGAGCUUGUUAACCAUCAACCUCUCUUCCAAUCAUCUGGAAGGCCCUGUGCCUAGAAAUGGCAUAUUCAACUCUUCACUUCUUCCAAUGGAUUUGAGAAACAACAAAGGUUUAUGUGGCAAUAUCCAAGGCUUGCAAUUGCAACAUUGUGAAGUCUCAGUCACUGAACCUGUUGAUGGAAGUAGUAAAAGAAAUGAAGUAGUAAUACUUUCUGCUGUUAUAUUGGGAAGUAUUUUGUUUCUUUCUUUGCUGUUAGUUGGGAUCUUGUGCUUCAAGAAAAACCCAAAAUCAACAGUUUCAAAACAAAACUUUUCAGCAAGCAUGAGAGAAAAUCAAAAUCUGUUUUCAAUUUCGUCAUUCAACGGCAAAAUUGUCUACAGAGAUAUAAUUGAAGCUACCAACAACUUUGACAGUCGUUGCUGCGUCGGCGAGGGAGCGAUCGGGAGAGUUUACAAGGCAGUUAUCAAAGGAGGACAACAACAAGAAGUAUUUGCUGUGAAAAAGUUGAAAUGUGAAUCAGAAAGCUUAGAUGUUGAGAGUAUAAAAUCGUUCCAGAGUGAAGUGGAAGCCAUGAGAGAAACGCGCCAUAGAAACAUUGUGAAGCUUUAUGGAUUUUGCUCUAACAAGACACACACAUUCUUGAUCUAUGAGUAUUUGGAUCGAGGGAACUUAGCUGAGAUGCUUGGAAAUGAUAUCAAAGCAUUGGAACUGGAUUGGCCUAAGAGGGUGAACAUUAUCAAAGGCGUGGCGCAUGCUUUGUCCUAUAUGCAUCAUGAUCACACUCCACCAUUGAUUCAUAGAGACAUAUCGAGCAAGAACAUUUUGCUGUCAUCCAAUCUUGAAGCUCGUGUCUCCGAUUUCGGAACUGCUAGGUUCCUGAAGCCAGAUUCAUCCAUUUGGACGUCGUUUGCAGGCACAUAUGGCUACGCUGCUCCAGAACUCGCUUACACGAUGGUGGUGACUGAGAAAUUGGAUGUGUUCAGCUUUGGCGUUUUGGCCUUAGAAGUUAUUUCAGGAAAGCACCCCGGUGAUGUUGUUCUUCACCUAAAAGCUUCUAGUGAAUCAAAUAUAAACAUGAUUGAAGUUUUAGAUCCACGCCUCUCACAUCCAACAAAUGAACAUAUUCUGAAAGAGUUGACCACGAUUGCAAAUAUAAGUCUUUCAUGUUUGCAGACAAGCCCUCAAUCUCGGCCAACUAUGCGAAGCAUAGCUCGACUGCUUCCCAUAGAAGCUGCAGAAAACUAUUGAUUAUUAAGUAGUUUAAAUAGAAUCUUCUUGUAGAAUCAUGCAUGUAUUGACUUGGAUAUCACAUGGAAGAAAGUCUAA